GACCGGGGGUUUUUGUGUGUGGGGGGUGCUUUCCGAUUGUGACUGCGCACUUGGGACUACUAUAAUAAUCUGGGAUCCGCAAGACGGGCGACAUGGAUGUGCUGGCUGUUCUUAAUUUAGGAGAUUUUGCUCAGGCUUUCUCCAAAAUGGGAAUGUUUCCUGUGUUCGAUGUGGCUUAUUACAUCGUCUCCAUCCUCUACCUCAAGUAUGAACCAGGCUCAGUGGAGGUUUCUCGCAGGAGUCCCGUGGCCUCGUGGCUGUGCGCCAUGCUCUACUGCUUUGGGAGCUACAUUGUGGCCGACGUCAUGCUGGGAAGCAGCCCUCUUGACUACUUCCAACACAACAGCCACAUCCUGUUGGCCUCUGCUGUCUGGUACCUCAUCUUCUACUGCCCGCUGAACCUCUUCUACAAGUGUGUGGCUUUCCUGCCCGUCAAGAUGGUGUUGGUCGCGCUGAAGGAAGUGGUCCGUACUCGCAAGAUUGCCGCCGGAGUCCAUCACGCCCACCACGCCUACCACCACGGCUUCUUCAUCAUGGUCAUCGUCGGUUACGUCAAAGGAUCUGGAGUGGCUCUCAUUUCCAAUUUUGAGCAGCUGUUGCGUGGCGUGUGGAGACCCGAGACCAACGAGAUCCUCAAUAUGUCAUUCCCUACCAAAGCUAGUCUAUACGGAGCCAUCCUCUUCACCCUGCAGGAGGCUCAUUGGCUACCGGUGUCCAAGGGGACCCUGAUCCUGGUCUUCACUCUAUUCAUGGCCACAAGCAAGGUGUGGAUGACUGCCCGCCACUCACACGGCUCCCCCUUUGCUCUCAUCGAGUCCUGGGUUUGCCAUCUGCUCUUUGGCUCCCCUUUGGGCGGAUCUGAGGAAGACCAUCAUCAUCAUCAUCCUCCUCCAGCCGCGACGGUGUCAUCGUCGCUGAAAAGCAAGGAAGAUCUGAGCGAAGGCGCUCGGAAAAGGAAGGCCAAGAAGGCGGAGUAGAAAAAUGAAGUAGCGUCACCGCUAACGAUUGGAACUGCGUCGGACUCUCUGGACUCACCAAACACGGUUUUUUUUCCACUCGAUUUUGGCGCAUCUCCUGUCCUCUACAGUCGAAGAGGCGAUUAUCACAACCGAGACGCUUUCUCGUCGAGCCAAACCGUGUUCUGCGUUUUACAUUUUCAUUUACAUUUGAGCAGAACUCUGUAAAUACAAUCAUCCACUCCGACAAAAAUCCCUGGAUAUUUGAAAACUAUUUCUAAUGUUCCCAUCCGUGCUGCGUUCUGUGUGGUCGUUCAUCGGAGCGUCAGUGGUUCAUUUCACUUGUUUCACAGCAGAAAGGAAUUAGGAUAAGAUAAAUGUGAAGAAAGUAUCCUAGGAAAGAAGAACUUUUUACUUUAAAGCUGAUGAGUAAUCAAAGAAUUUGAAUAAAAUGAAGAGAAAGA